CAGUGCUAUCAGCUCUCCUGUCCGGUUAGAAACACGGUCCCUGGUUCCAUGAGGAGCAGCAGCAGGAUCCGUCCCUUAGCCCAAACAUGAGUCUGUUGCCCCGCAGCGCGGAGGAAUUCAGCUCGGCGGAGUACUGGGAGAAGUUCUUCAAGAAGCGAGGAGAGAGAGCCUUCGAGUGGUACGGAGACUACAACAGUCUGUGCGGGGUCCUGCACAGGUACAUCAAAGUCCCGGACCAGGUCUUGGUGGUGGGUUGUGGGAACUCUGAGCUGAGUGAGCAGCUCUACGAUGUCGGCUACAAACACCUGACCAACAUCGACAUCAGCGAGACUGUAGUGACGCACAUGAACCAAAGGAAUGCAGAGCGACGGCCCGGCCUCACCUUCCAGCAGGUGGAUGCUACGCAGACUCCAUACGAGGAGGGAAGCUUCCAGGCAUGUCUGGAUAAAGGCACGCUGGAUGCCAUGGCGUCUGAGGAGGAGGGAGCGCUGGCCAGGAGCAUGCUCUCUGAGGUGGGCCGUGUGCUGAGUGUGGGCGGGCGGUACGUCUGUGUGACGCUGGCUCAGGAGAGCGUGAUCCGGCUGGCUGUGGAGCACUUUGUUCAGCUGGGCUGGGCCGUCAGGCUGCACUGUCUGCAGCAGGAACCUGGGGAGGAAGAGGACUCCUUCGCUCUGCCGGUCUUUGUUCUGGUCUGCACCAAGUUCAGGCAGCCGAUGCCCUCGCCCAUCCUGGAGAUGUGUUUAGGUGAAGACGGAGCUCCCUCUCGUCUCUCACAGGUAGCGGAGCUGCUGUCGGCUGUGAGAGAGCAUCAGGCGUACUCCGUCCUGAGGAAGAGGCUCCGCACAGGCACAGACGCCAGCGCCAACCUCUCUCUCACACUCUGCCACGUAAAGACCGGCCUCCCCAGGUACACCCUUGCCGUGCAGGACUGUCCACCCGGGGCCAAGCUGCCCAGAUCAAACCUGUUUGCUAUAUUUAUCGUGCCUCAGGGCAGUGAGACCGCCUGGCUCUACAGCUCCUCUGAGGGCAGGAAGCAGCUGGCAGCCAGCGCUAAUUUCAGACGCCUGGUGAUUGUGGCAAUGCACCGGAAUCAGGAGUACACAGACAUGCAGGCGGUUCAGUCCGAGCUGUCCCCCAUGGUGAUGGACCUGGCCCCGCCGGGCAUGCCAGCCAACCAGCAGGUGCCAUUUCUGUCCGUUGGAGGCGACCUAGGCUGGAGGGAGGAGGUCAGCAGGGGGCUGAGCGAGCUGAGCGGGGAGUACUGUGUGGAAAACGUCAGAGGAGAAGACGGAGAGCUGUACCGGAGACUGGUGUUCCUCUCCAACGCUGCCCUCGUCCAAUCAGAGAGCCGCCUGGUCUCUACAAACACGGCAUCGAGUCACAAGAAGAAACACAAGAGGAAAGUGAAGCCAACAGCUGCUCCUAAAUGUUCCUCAUCUCUGUCCGUGGACAGCGGCUUCCUCUGCUGCGCUCAUCACGAGGUCAUGGUGGCCGGCCUCGCCAUGCUCAGGGUGGGAACGCCGCAGAACAAAGACGUCCCUCUGUCCGUGCUGCUGGUGGGGCUGGGCGGAGGCGGCCUGCCUCAGUUCCUGCGGGACUUUGUGCCGCAUGUUUCUGUGGAGGUGGUGGAGCUGGACCCCGUCGUGUUGGAUGUGGCGAAGGAGUGGUUCGGGUUCAAGCCUGAUGAUCGCUUGACAGUCACUCUCGGGGACGGCCUUGAACGCAUCACGGCCCUGCAGGAAGAAGGCGCUCGUCUGUUUGACGUCGUCAUGUUCGAUGUGGAUAACAAAGACAGCUCCUUGGGGAUGAGCUGUCCUCCUGCUGCCUUCGUGGAAACUUCUGUUCUGCAGAAAGUCUGCUCGCUGCUGACGCCUAGAGGUAUGUUCACGCUGAACCUGGUGUGUCGGGACUGUGCUCUGAGGAAGAGCGUGUUGGAGCGUGUGAGCGCCGUGUUUCCCACCGUCUUCUCCAGAAGAAUUGACGGUGAGGUAAACGAGGUCCUGCUGUGCUCUCCUGGAAAGAGUGAGUCUGACGCUGCUGGCGUGCUUCCGUCCCUGAGGCAGGCGGGGGAGAGUCUGCAGGCUGCCCUGAGGGCCGGGACCAGCAGGACGCCCCACAUAGACGUUACAGAGCUGCUGAAGGACCUGAAAAUAGAGUGAAGUGUGGAGGUGGAGGGAUGGUGUGUUAGGACGGUGUGUUGGGACUCUUUGGUUUUAUUAAAGUGUAAACAUAACCUG